AUGUCUCGCUGGCGUUUGAUCUCCCUCGCGUACUGCAGCCCUUACCUGGUGAGCAACCCUCAAUUCGCUACGUGGAUCAAGUAUAGCGAUGACCUAUCUGCAUCGCAUCCUGCACGCGAAAAAACAACGAUCUCAAAAUUGACGUCCUACUUCGGUGAUGAACCCCUGUCGAACAUGAUCAUUGCCGCUCAAAGGAACCCAGAGACGCAGGUUCUAGCUACCGACUUGCAGACCAGACAACUCCAGUACUGGUUAGACAACAAAAAGGCACCGGCCGAUGUCUUUAAGCUGCUGGAACUGAGCAAGGCUGGUGAUAAAUUGCUUGAAAACCCGCUUGCCACAGCGUGGCUAAGCUACGCGACUAACUUUAAAGAGAAGACCAUGAGCAAGGUAGACGAGAGCAUCCCGAUUUUGACGACUCACUACGGUGAUGAAGCGCUAUCAACCAUUUUGAUUAGAGCAAUGAAGACCCCCAGUACAGCGAAUGUCGCUGGAAAACUACAUAACGAGCAAAUUCAGCUCUGGUUGGACGCUGGAAAGCGCCCUAGAGACGUUUUCAAGUUCCUCGCACUCGACAAGGCAGGUGACAAACUACUUGAAAAUCCGCAGUUUGCGACGUGGCUAACGUAUCUGGACGAUUUCAACUCGAAAAAUACACGGAUAUCGAGAAUUGCAGUUAUGACGAAUUACUUUGGCGACGACAAGUUGACAGCUAUGCUGUUCGACGCUAUGAGGUCGCCAAGUACCGCUAAACUUGCAGCUAACCUUCAGGACGAGCAAAUCAAGCGUUGGCUGUAUACUGAGAAGUCUCCUAGAGAUGUUUUCCAGUUCUUGUCGCUAAGCAAGGCAGGUGAAAAGCUGUUUGAUCACCCUCAAUUCAUGAAGUGGGUGUCGUACGUGGAUGAUCUCAACACAGCAAACCCUGACAAAAGAACGAGCUUAAUGUCGGUUUUGGCAGCGCAUUACGACAGCGACGGACUGAUAAAAAUGCUGGAAUCGGCAAAGAAUGUCCCUGGGUCAGCGAAACUGAUAAGGGAAUUGGAGACCGAGCAGAAGUGGCUGGCGAAAGGAACUCCAGACGCAUUUUUCAAGCAACUCAAGCUUGACAAGUUUGAUGACGAUGUGCUGAGCAACCCGCAGCUGAAGACUUGGAUCAACUAUAUGAAGGAGUACAACGCGGCCAAUCCCAAAUACAAGGCUACAUUGAUCGGGACUAUGGCUGCGAAUUAUGGAGAACUCAACCUGGUUUCAUUGCUUGAUAAGGCCACACACGUGAAAGAUACGGCGGGUGCUGCCAAGAAGCUACAGAGCGAGUUAUUUCAACGUUGGAUGCAGAAAGGCUGGACUCCGGAGUACCUCUUUACUAACGUGUUUCACCUUGCUCAAGAAAAAGAUGAGCUAUUUACGAACCCGCUGGUGAUCACAUGGGGCAAAUAUCUGAGUGCAUACAACCGUGAAAAUCACGGCAAGGAAACGACCAUAUGGACGAUGCUGGCGGCUACAGGCGUUAAUAUCGAGCUCGUGGAGCGUAUGGUCGGCAAACUCCCAAGUGAUACUUUUUCUAUGCUUCGACUCGCCGAGAAGGGAGACGACCUACUAGCAAGCCCCCAAUUUGCCACUUGGAUUCAGUACCUCGAUGACUUCUACUUGACGUUUCCUGAUUUACAAAGAACCAUGAUGAAGACAGUACGUGGACAUCAUGAUGACAAAUCGUUGGUCAAGAUGAUUAUUUCAGGGAUGAAAGUCUCAAGUACAGAGAAGAUUGCUAAACGCAUGGAGCGCGAGCUGUUGAAAAACUGGAAUGUCUCUCGUAAGACCAGGACCCCGGAUCAAAUCUUUGAAGGCCUCGAUCUUGAACUAGCAGGCAAAACGCUUUUCGCCAGUCCGUUCUUGGAGAUAUGGAUCCAGUACAUGGCCACUUACUACAAGCAGAAGCCAGACAUGAUUAGAACUUUUCUGAAAUACUAUGAUGAGGAUGAGCUGUUUCAGAUGAUCAAAACGGCCAAGAGCAAUCCAACUACAGAAAAACUGGCCUCAGACGUCGAGCACGCGCUCUCCCUAUACAAGAAGAAUUAGGAAUCCAAACCCGAUCCGUAAAAAAUAGUUGCAGACCCACUAUUUUUUCUCUUUUAGCUAUUUCUUCAUACUUUUUUCGCUUAAAGUAAAUUCUGCACAACGUGUCGAAUAUCACUAUUGGCGUGAUAGAGUGAU